UGUAGUUGGAAGUCUUGGAAGUAGGAAGUCAAAGCGUCAAUAGUUGGAACUCUUAAACAAAAUUGGCGCUUCCCUCCCCCCUCAUUCACUCCACUGCACACUCUUUCUCCUCGUUAUUAACUCCUCCGCCAUUUCGACGCCGAUCUCCGUCGCUUCUCCGACUCCACCGUCGCUUAUCAUUUCGACGGCAAACCGCCGCCGUCACCAUUGUUGCUCCUUCAACACCAAGAUUUUUGAACAGAGUUGGCUUGUUCUUUGGUCAUGGCACAAGGAGAACCUGUUACUACUCACAUAGAACCUGUACUGGCUAAUGACACACCUAGGAGACCCAGGAUCCUUCUAGCUGCAAGUGGAAGUGUUGCUGCUAUCAAGUUUGGCAACCUCUGUCAUUGCUUUUCUGAAUGGGCUGAUGUAAAAGCAGUGGCGACUAAAUCUGCAUUGCAUUUUAUUGACAGCGUGACAAUUCCAGAAGAUGUGAUGCUGUACACAGAUGAGGAUGAAUGGUCUAGUUGGAGUAAAAUAGGUGACAAUGUCCUUCACAUUGAGCUUCGCAGGUGGGCUGACAUCAUGGUUAUUGCCCCUCUUUCAGCAAAUACUCUUGGCAAGAUUGCUGGAGGAUUAUGUGACAAUCUGCUGACAUGCGUUGUACGGGCCUGGGACUACAGCAAGCCUUUAUUUGUAGCUCCAGCUAUGAACACCAUGAUGUGGAACAACCCAUUUACAGAGAAGCAUCUUCUGUCAAUUGAUGAGCUCGGCAUUACUUUGAUUCCUCCUGUUACAAAGAGGCUGGCUUGUGGAGAUUACGGAAAUGGAGCCAUGGCUGAACCAUCUCUCAUCUAUAAGACCAUACGACUGUUCUUGGAGUCUCAUCGGCUCCAAGCUGGCUCAAAUGUGUAGAACUACUUAGGUGCCAUUCCUAAACCGAGCUAAUUUUGUGAAGUUUGUGGAUGUUCUAUGGCUUCAUUGUAUAGUAGUUGGAUUGUGUGAAUGUUUUGCUACCAUGAUACUGGGUAUUCUGAUUAAGUACGCAUGCUGUAGAGCUUUUGUUUGCCUGAUAAAGGCUGACUUGAAUUGUUGUCAAUAUUGCAGAUCUAAACCAUCAAAUAGUUAUUACUUCGUAUGUUUUAAA